CGAGGCUGACUGUGUUGUUGACUUUCAAUUGUGGCGGAUACUACCUUAGAUCGUAGUGAUAACCAUGACGGUACACCACAGUUCACAUCAUGACGGCCUGAAUCGAGUCACGGCACAUGAAGUGCUUAAUCACUCGGCGGAGACGAAGUUGCCGGAGCGUACCGCAGUCUCAGCCUCAACCACUCAUCCUCUAGGCGUUCUGCCUCUGGGCAAUAAGUUUUUCUUCCAUGGGCCCGAAGCUCGCUCCUUCUGCGGAACUUUCCAAAGGUUCCCAGAGGAGAUGCUGAGCUUGUUCUUAGAGUAUCUUGACCUGAAGUCUCUGCCAAUGCUAGGCUAUACUUGUCGGUAUCUGUACGCCUUUGCAUAUGACGACGCUUUGUGGAAAUCACUUUUUCUAGAGGCAAACACUGGGAGAUUCGAGGGGAAGUGGCUUGGUUCCUGGCGAUCAACAGUUCUCGAGCUCCCUGCUGGACAAAGGCCCAAUAUAGACUGCAGCAACGUCUUCUCUGACGUUCUUCACCGGCCUUUUGUCUGCCGAUACGUGGACCUGGAACAGUUUGCUUCGAAUAUUCCAAAAAGAUCUCAGAUUCGGAAGUUUAAGAACCUCUCUUAUGAAGAAUUCGCAGAAAAUUGGACAGAGCAGCCCUUUGUCCUGACAGAAUGCAUACAGGAAUGGCCUGCCUAUGUAUCAUGGAGCAUGGAAGAAAUCCUGAGACGCUAUGGAGACGUUGAUUUCCGAGCUGAGGCUGUUGACUGGCCAUUCUCGACGUACUACGAGUACAUGAAGAACACCAACGACGAGAGUCCGCUUUAUCUUUUCGACAAAAAGUUUGCCGAGAAGAUGGGAAUCACCGUCGGUCACGAGAAGGGAGCGGCAUACUGGACACCCGACUGUUUUGGGCCGGACCUUUUUGACGUCCUUGGAGGUGAUAGACCAGCACGCAGGUGGCUAAUCAUCGGACCUGAGGGCUCAGGGUCGACUUUUCACAAGGACCCCAACGCGACUUCUGCGUGGAAUGCCGUCCUUUCUGGCAGGAAAUAUUGGAUCAUGUUCCCGCCGUCAGUUUCCGUGCCCGGGGUGUUCGUCUCUAGAGAUGGGGGCGAGGUGACAAGCCCGCUAAGCAUUGCCGAAUGGCUGUUGCAAUUCCACGAAGAGGCCAGGCAGUUGCCCGAAUGCGUGGAGGGUAUCUGCGAAGCGGGGGAGAUUCUGCAUGUUCCCAGUGGGUGGUGGCAUCUGGUUGUCAACCUGGAGAGCGGGAUCGCCCUGACGCAGAACUUUGUGCCCAAGUCCCCUUCCUGCCGCCACCUGUCGGACGUUUUAUCCUUUCUCAAAGACAAGCCCGACCAAGUAACGGGGUUCAAAUCAGACGUCGAGGAUCCGUAUGGACGUUUUGUCGACCGACUUCGAGAAACCCAUCCAGAGGUACUCGGCAAGGCCCUCGAAAUACUAGAGAAGAGAAGUGCACCAAAGAAGAGGACGUGGUCAGAAGCGGUAGGAGGAAACAAAGACGAGCCUUCGGGUGGCGGAUUUAGCUUUGGCUUUGGCAGCGAUGUUGAUGAUGAGGAGAUUCCAUAGAUUCAUCGAAUCCAAGCAGACUUCAGCACGCGGCUGUUU